AUGACAGGGACGUGCGUGGCCAAUGCUGCCGCCUCCGCCAAGAGCAGCAAUCGCGGCCACAUUCCUCGGCGAUCGCUCCUCGCGAACAGCUGCAGCUCGCCGUGGUCGCUGUCGGUGGGCGAUGCGGUCAGUGGUGGCAACGGGAGCGAGCACGAGGGAAGCAUUUCGCUGGAUGCGUACUUGGCCUCGCUCGGUGGCCCGUGGAGCUCCAUAGCUGGCGCGGAUGUCGAGUCGGAGGCGGCGGCGGCGGGCACCGGGCUGAUUGUGGAAGGCGGGGUGGAGGCGGCGCUCGACGCGGUGUAUGCCCAGAGGGAUGGCGAGCGGUGGCUGAAGCCGGUUCAUCCCACACUGCCGCGUGAAGUGACGCUGGAGAAUGGUGUGGUUCAGGUAGCACGCGAGCCGUGGGACUUGACGCGGGUGCUUGCGCACGCGACGCUCCAUCCGCUCUCGCUCAACCAGCGGCUGUUUGUGGCGUACCAGGCGGUACAGGGGCUUGCAGCGGUGCACGCGCGCGGGGUGGUGCACGGCGGUCUUGCGCCGCAGGCGCUGCGGUUCUCACCGGCGCUGCUGCUCACGAUGGAUCCGCCGAGCGGCGGGGCGGUGCUCCGGGCGGCGGCUGCGGCGGCGGCGGUGCUGCGCGCCCCGGCGGGCACCAGCUCGUUGACGGCGGCUUGGGUGGCGGGCGGUGUGAGCAACUUUGAGUAUCUGAUGGCACUCAAUGCGGCGGUGGGGCGGACGGUAGGCGAGCCGCACUUUCACGCCAUUCUCCCAUGGAUCACCGACUUUAGCGGAGCGAGCGCUUCCGAUCCGGGCGCACUCCGCGACCUGAGCAAGUCCAAGUAUCGGCUCAAGAAGGGAGACGCCCAGCUGGACAUGAUGUACUCAGCGGCGUCACCGCCGCACCACAUUACGCACGCGCUCUCGGACAUCACGUUCUUCGCGUACAUGGCACGGGUCACGCCGGUUGAGGUUCUCACUUCGGUGGUCCGGUCCAAGUGGGAGCCGAACGAGUACCCUUCAUCGCUGGAGCGGCUCUACGUCUGGUCGCCGGACGAGGCCAUUCCGCAGUUCUUCACCGACCCGUCAAUCUUUGACUCGAUCCACCCGGACAUGCCGUCGCUGGCGCUCCCGUCGUGGGCGCCGACGGCCGAGGCCUUUAUUGCGGCACACGCUGCGCUCCUCGAGUCACCGGCGGUCUCAGCUGAACUGCACAACUGGAUCGACCUGACUUUUGGCUACAAGCUCUCGGGCGAGCACGCGGUGCAGGCCAAGAACGUGCCGCUCUCGACGUCGAGCAUGGGGCUCGGCUCAGCGCUCGGCUUUGUCAAGCUCUUUGACGCACCGCACCCGCGCAAGCACGUGCGGUCGACCGGCCGGGCGCUCCCGCCCAACGCCGCGUACGCGGUCCCCAGCGCCGAGUUGGACGCUUCGGUCGGUGAUUGCAAGGCGCUCGACACGCUGCUGCAGACACAGGAUUCGUUCGACUCAAUGGCAUCAGCGGGCGAGAUGCAGAGCCCGACGGCUGGUAGCGUUAGCGGAGCCAGGCUGCACGGCUCGCGGUCGGCGCCGUCGAUUGGGAUUGCGGCAAGCGGGGUGGGCGGCGGAAGCAGUAGGCGGCUGGUGUCACCGACGGCAGCAACCGCGCCGGGAGGAGGGGCAUCAAGCAGCUCGACGUCGACAGGCCUCAUGUCUGCGCUCCGCCGGCUGACCGAGCCGAUCGAGCGGCUGCGCGGGCGGGUGACCAACCCGUCGUCACCGGCAGCCUCUUCGGGCUUGCCUGUCCUGGAUCCGGCGCCGCGGAGUGGAACGCCAGUGGGAGGGCCUGUUCAAGGCGGAAGCCCAAACUCGGGUAAGAGCACCGGCUCGCCCGGAGGAGGCGGGGCCGGGAUCGGGCCUGGGUCCGGGCCGGUCGUGUCCGACGGCGGAGGCGGCGCUACCGGGUCCGACAGCGGGCCCGGCGGCAGCGGGCUGGCACUUGCGGUCGAGGCGCGGCGCCGGUCGUCGUCGGUGACGAGCAGUGCGACACCAAGCAGCAGCACAGGGGUUGGUCCGUUUUUUACGCCGGCGCCGAUUCAGGUGGAGCGGACGGCUGCACUGGAUGCGCUGACGUACGCGCUCGACGCGCACGAGACAUGCGGCGAGUUUGAGGCGCUUGCGCAGCGGUGGCUAGAGCCGUUUGUGGCGUCGGGCGAGAGCCGGUCGCAGGCGGGAGACUGCGUGGCGCUGGCGGGCGUGCUGGAGCCGCUGCUGCUGGCGAUGCAAGACGGAGUUGGCGUGGGCGAGCAGCUGCUCAGUGCCAUUCGCGGAGCGCAAUCAGGCUUGGCUGCUGCGGCUCUGACGGCGGGCCUCUUCCCUGCCGCAUUGCGGGAAGCGUUUGAGGCAGUGGCGGCAGUGCGGGAGGCGCGAGCUAGCGGGCACGACCCGUUGUCUGUGCUGGAGGCGUUACUGGAUGGGGCGGCGUACAUGUCGAAGCUUGACAUGCUCGAGCUUGUGCUCCCGGUGAGCUUGCCUGUCGAGGAUGCAAGCAAGGCGAGCGUGGACGCGGCACGAAUUGUGCUUGCGCUUGUGCGGCACCUGGGGCCUCAACUCUCCGGGCGGAUGCUCAAGUCGCGCGUAGUUGCUCUGUACGGGCAGUUGUCCGAGGCUGCGAGCGAGCCGCAGUACGCGGCGCUCCUGCUGGACGCCGAGUAUGUGCGGAGCGUGAUGGUGGCGUUUGGCGGCGCGUUUGUGGUCACUGAGAUCCUUCCGGCAGUCAUCGAGCUUGUGGUGGAUGGAAGUCUGGAGUUUGUGUCGCUCCUUGCGCUGCAGCUGGAGAAGCUCCUUGUGGAGGUCUUCCUGCCUGUGGUCGGCCUCAAGUUUGUGGUCAUGCCGCUCGUUGUUGCUGUGGCGCGUGGGGCGAGCGAGGCUGUGACCGAGCUUGCAAUCCGGUGCGUGGCAAGCGUGGGCGAGCCUGCGCUCUCACACCACGUCAUUCCGUUUGUGAUGUACCAUCUGAGCCGGGCAGUGGGGCGCGGCGACCGCGCGCCGGUGAGCGGAGUCAUUGGCCUUCUCCGGCUUGUGGGCGCGUUCCUGGACGAGCUUGACAGCGAGGUGGUGCUCAACACGCUGGUCGUGCCGUCGACAGCAUUGUUUGACUUUCUUCUCCACCCGCCGAUGGACUCUGAAGAGGUGUUCCGGCUCGCAGCCGGGCUCUGCAUGCGUGUGGCCGAGGUGAUCGGGCCGGACGCAGUGCGUGCGCACGCAAUCGACCGGUUUGCGUUGUACUUGGCUGACUAUGACGACUUUUAUGAGAGCAUGGAGGCCGAGCCGCUGUGGCGGCAUGCUGGCGGCGGCGAGGCGUCCGACCUUCACACGCCUGAGUUUGCAUGCCUGGUGUACCACACACUCUGCCGGCUUGUGGGCCAGGUAACGAUGCGGCGCGAGAUCGAGAACGCAGAGCUCAUUGAGGCGCUCAUGUACACGCACCUUUCGUCGGGAGCGGCGGAACUGAAGGCGAACGAGCUGGUGGCGAGCGGAGUGGGUCCCGGCGUGGUGCCGACGAUGCGGCGGCGUGCGCUGGAUAGCGAAUCGCCCGUGGCUGUGUGGGCGGGCGCGAUGCCACCGCUUCGCGGAACAGGCGUUGCCGAGUGGCGCAAGCACUGGGAGCCUGAGGACCGCCCGGUGGGCGUGCUGGAGGGUCACAGCGACCGGGUGCGGGCGGUGGCGGUCUCUGGUGACGAGCGGAUCCUUGUCUCUGCCUCGCGCGACGGCAGCGCGAGCGUGUGGCGGCUGGACGGGACGGAGCGGAGCGCGGUGUACUCGCGGCAUAGCGAGGCGCUCCACGACGUGGUCCUUCUUCCGUUUGCGGGGCACGCAGUCUCGUGCGACUCGCAGUUGCACGUAUGGGAUGUGGAGACUGGGGCGACGGUUGCGUCGUACGAGGGAACAUCGCCGAUGCUAUCGCUUGCGCACGUGGGACACGCGUCGCUCGUGCUGGGCGGGACGCUCGAGUCGACGAUCCGGUUCUUUGAUGUGCGGACGCCGCGUGCGCUCCACGAGUGGCACGCCAUGCCUGCGUCUGCAUCUGCGGGGGCAGCGACGUACGUGCGAACGCUUGUGGCGUCAGAGCCUGCGUGUGCGGUGCUGGCGGGGCUCUCGACCGGGCACGUGUCUACGCUCGAUCUGCGUGCGGGCAACUUUGUGCAGGCGUGGCGGGCGCACAGCUCGCAGGUGCUGGACAUGAAGCUGCUAAGCUUGGACUCUGGCCCGCAAGUGCUUGUGACGUCAUCGUCGGACCACAGCGUGGCGGUGUGGAACGCACUCGGACACGGGGCGCCGCGGCUGCUCUCGCGCGGGCACGGGCACCGCGAUCCGGUGGCGUCGCUGGCGUACCACGGGCGGCAGCUGUUUGGCGUGGGCGGCUCGCUGCUCUCUGUGGCAAACUUGCUCCACGACGGGGCACUGGAGAGUAGCGAGAUGCGGAUGCUGCGGAUGCAGUGCGUGCGGACCAAGGACGCGCUCUCUGUGGUGCGUGUGCUCCCGCUCUCGCGGAUGUUUGUGUUUGGCUUUGAAAACGGAGCGCUGCGGGUGUCUGGGUAAACAACGCGGUUUACAG